UUGUGCAGUUGUUUCUACAGGGGCUUGUAUUUGGGAUCGCACACGUGUGGCAUGUUUGAGACGCUGCCAAAUAUCAUAAACAUCAUUCAGCAGUGAAAAAUGGACAACACGGAGCGACUUCGUGUUCUGGAGUUAUACAGCGGAAUAGGAGGGAUGCAUUAUGCUUUAAAUGAGAGCUCGGUUCCUGCUGAAGUUGUUGCUGCUGUGGAUGUCAACACAACAGCCAAUGAAAUCUACAAACACAACUUCCCAAACACCCCACUCCUGCCAAAAACUAUCGAGGGAAUGACGUUACAGGAUUUUGACAAACUGAACUUUGAUGUGAUUUUGAUGAGCCCACCCUGUCAGCCAUUCACCAGGAUUGGUUUGCAGGGAGAUGUUGCCGACCCCAGAACAAAGAGCUUCCUCUAUAUCCUGGAGCUUCUGCCGAGGCUCAGCAAGCAGCCAAGCUUCAUUCUGCUGGAGAAUGUGAAGGGCUUUGAGACCUCUGCUGCAAGGGAUGCUUUGCUUAAGACACUGAGAGAGUGUGACUACAGCUUUCAGGAGUUUCUGAUCUCACCAACAUCUCUUGGGAUACCAAACUCUAGGCUCAGAUACUUCCUCAUUGCAAGGAGACCACCAGGAUCCUUCUCAUUCCCAACUUCAGCAGAGAUUUUAGAGGGCUUCCCCAUGUCUGAAUCUUCAAACAGUCUCGCUGUUCCACACAAUCACCCUACAUCAUCUGAGUGUGAGAGAGAAAAGACUGGGACGAUCAUUUUUAAGCUGGAGACAGAAGAAGAGUUGGAAAGGAAGAGGAUCCAGGACAGUCAGGAAACAGUUCGGAGGCUGCAGGACUUCCUGCAGGAGGAUGAAGAAGGCAUGGAUCAGUAUCUGCUGCCCCCCAAAACCCUGCUCAGAUAUGCUUUACUGAUGGAUAUAGUUCAGCCCAGCAGCAGGAGAUCAGUCUGCUUCACUAAAGGUUAUGGUCACUAUGUGGAGGGCACUGGCUCUGUUCUGCAGUCCUGUGUGGAUGUGGAGCUCGAGGGUGUGUUUAAGAGCUUGGAGCUGCUUUCUGAAGAGGACAAACUAAAGCAGCUUUCUCAGUUAAAGCUGAGAUACUUCACACCCAGAGAGAUCGCCAGUCUCAUGGGUUUUCCUGCAGAUUUCACAUUUCCGAAGCACAUUUCCAUUAAGCAGCAGUACAGAGUGCUGGGAAACAGCCUGAACGUCCAUGUGGUUUCACAACUUCUACGUCUCCUGAUCUCAAAAUAGACAUUUUGAAAUUAAACAUUAGAUGGACUGUGUACAGGGAAUAUAUAUGUAUACACUAUAUGUAACAUCUUUUUAAAAAUGUUUUUAUUUUAUUAUUAUUGUUAUUCAUUUUAUUAUUAUUAUUAUUAUUCAAAUUAAGACCUUGUAUAUUGUUGGA